UCACAAUGGCUGCACAUUGGAACGGGGUCAUGAUGUCACAGCUUGGAAUCCUUUUAUCUGACUAUGACAUCAUUGUUGGAGGUAUAUAUAUUUAGCCCUGAGGAGUCUUUGAAAACGCCUCUUAUUUUCAUGCUUUCAGAAAAGUGCUCGUCAGAGCAGCCCUGGGAUUUAAAGCUCAAGACUUUUAAAAAAACUACAUUUCAACAAUAUCAAGAUGGAAAACAACUCAAUCAUGAUCACAUCAGAAUCUCUCCAUCCCCUUGUGGACAAACACUUUGAGAAUAUCACUUCAGCACAAUGGAGUUUGUUAGCAGCAGGAGCAUGGGAUUCAGACACAGAAGACACCCUGACUGACCUGCUGACAGAAAUAGUGCAGACUCUUUCCGCAGAUAUCCUGAAGAUUGUGAUACCGAUGUUUCAGGAGCGUCUGUUCGGGAAUGAGUCUGAGAAGAACAUCGUUCAAGCCAUGGAGGAGGUGAAUUUGACACUAUGCCUGGGUGACUCCAUCCCAGAAAGCUUUGCAGCAGCUCUUCAGGUACCAGCAGAGAAAUGUGAGAGUGCAGAAAAGCUGACAGGUUUGGUAGAGAGUGAAGUUUUACAGAAGGUAGCUUCUGUUCUUUCAGUGGCCAUCAACAGCAAGAGUUGGCCAGAGGAUCCUGUGGUUUUUGUUCCAGCAUCCAUAUCAAAAAUGUCAAUCCUGCGUCGCAUGUUAACGCACGCCACAGAGUGUUUGAAGAGGUUUGUAAACAGGCACUUUUUUGGAAGGUAUGCAUACGGUGAGAUUUCUUCCUACAUCAGUAACAGAUCCCAAUCACUAAAUGAAGAAGAAGAAGAGAGAUGUGCAUCGGCUCCCAGCAGAACAUCGAGGAUCUCUGUCCUCUCAGCGACCAAAGCUGUGAGUGAGAUCUUAGAGAAAUGGUCCGAUGAGAAGCAGGAAGUCACUGAAGACGUAGAAAAGGCUACCACACCCCCAGACACCUCUCGUGAUGCUGAGAUAGCAGCACAUGAAAUAGUCCAUCAAAUUAUGGAGGACAACAGAGACAUGGACUUUGAAGCUGCAUGCAGUGUAGUCGGUAGCCCUGUUAAAAGACACUUGAACAUGCUGUCGAUCCAUAACAUGGUGAAGGACUUCUUCUCAUCAAGAGUGAAACAUCCAAAGGAGGAGAAGAAAGAGGAUGUUAGAGAACAGUUUCACAAGGUCAUUGCAAAGCAGUUCCAGAAGAUGAAAAAAGAGCUGAGGAGCACAUUUGGGAAAAAGGACAGCAGCUUUGUGGUGAGUCUGAAACAGGUUUCAAAGUCCUCUAAGCACCAGGAGGAGGAUGGGGCUGUUGGAGUCGCUCUUCCCGGAGAAAUACCAGACCCAAAGACCCCCAAGCCCAAACGUAGGAAUAGAUUACAGAUGGACAAUGUCGAAAUGAUCAGUGUGAGAAAGCAGAACUUUUCUCCAAUAGAUUAUGAAAGCAUUAAAAGUGAUGUUGACCGCUUGUUUUACCAAGUCAACUCCCAAAACACAGUAGACAGUGAAAGUGAAAUCAUAAGUGGCAGCGAUAUCAAGAUUUUUUCAAGGGAACUGACUGUUAUGAUGUACGAUCAUUUGGUUCGGUCUCAAACGUAUCGGCUUCCCAUGGCUGCACCAGGAAAAUGUCUGUCUGACUCAGUGAUCUCUCAGGCCCGCGGAAAGUUCGAUUUCCAAACUUCUCCCGGGGUCCUGUACGUCAUGACAGAGGAUGCAGUCAGAAAGUUUCUGCAGAAGAUCGUAAUGCAGUUAGAGAUGGAUGCAGAAGAAUUAAACCAGCUAAUGUCCAUUCCACUGACUGACAUUGAAAAUGCAAUCAAAUUGUUGAAGCAUGCACCAGAAGAAAGCAGCUACAGGCAGUCUGUCGUACCCUCGGAUGCAAGCCAGCGAUCAGAAAACAGUGUUGCCUCAUCAAAUUUCUCCAGUUGGCAUAACUGCUCACAUGUCAAGCUUCACUUUGAGACAUUCUCUUCAAAUCCAACAUCACCUGAGACACCCUCUUCAAAUCCAACAUCACCCGAGACACCCUCUUCAGAUCCAACAUCACCCGAGACACCCUCUUCAGAUCCAACAUCAUCUCAGAAAUCCUCUCCUUCAUGCCCAGGAUCAUCCCUGUUCCUCUCAACUUCAGUUACAGGAUCCCCUCAGAUACCCUCUAAGCCUACAAGUGAUCCUAACGUAUGUCCUCCUCCACCACCCAACACUCCACGUGUCAUGCCAGCACCGAACAACAACCAAAGUGCUGUUAAUGCAAGAAUGGCCAUAAACCUGAUCCGUGCUAUGAUCAUUAAGCUCCACUCAAAAGCCUUGAGGGGUUACAGACUGUCCCUGAAAACAGAUCAUCUCAACGACCUCCUGGAACGACUGUCAAACAAAGUCCUGAAUGACAUCGACGUCCUUCCCGUCAGCCGAAUUAAAAGCAGAAAGAAAUUCCUCAAGGACAUGUUGGAGGACCUGAACAAAGAGUUUGGCUCUCCAGGAGAGACACUGAUGGCAGCGAUACACGAAGAGUAUCAUUUUGACGAGGUUUUCCUGAAUUAUCUGAAGAUCCGACUGAGCGCCCCCCAAAAUGUCCCAAAGCAGAGUAAAGUUGUUCGGUUCUUCAGGGCUCUGGGGAGAGCUCUGACCAGACCCUUUGUUGAGUGCUUGACUUAGAGCAAGUACAAGGAGUGACUGCCCCUCAAGCCCCUGGCCCACACACAAACACACAACGUCACCCAUGUUGGGCUUCCUCUGGGAAUGCUCCAGUUUCUCCAACUAAAACCAAAUACAGAGGCCAUAGUCCUCAUCACAACUGUCCUGCAUAACUUUAAAAAAUAAAUCAA